CCCAACACGCCAGCAUCCAAACAAACCACCAGCAACCGAUUUGUUCAAUCGCAGUGCUUGCCCCGUCGACCUUCUUCUUGCAAUUGGCUCCCGGUAGUCUUCGAUGAAUACGGGCAGAAUGAUGUUCCUGCGGAGGUUCCGCCCACCCACCACCGCGAGAAACGCAAGGGCCACCGCCCUUGUCUCCCCGCUCCACUCCGGGAGGGGCCCCCCCGCCGGAUCGGCCAGGCGGUCCCACUAUUCGUACGCGGAGGGACCCGGCCGCUUUGCCUUCUCGGACGAGGCCAGUGCCGAGCGCCACGCCAGGCGGCUCCAGGGGUGGCGCGAGCGCGGGUUCACCGUGGGCAUCGGGGGGCCCGUCGGGUCCGGGAAGACCGCGCUGGUCCUGGCACUCAUAAAGCGGCUGGCGGCUCCCGGGGCCGGGCAUCCCCCGCUGGCGGUGGUGACCAACGACAUUUUCACGCAGGAGGACGCCCAGUUUUUGUGGAGGAACCAGGACGUCCUGCCCGCCGACUACAUCAAGGCCGUCGAGACCGGGGGCUGCCCCCACGCCGCCAUCCGGGAGGACGUCUCGGCGAACCUGACGGCCUGCGAGGACCUGACCGAGUCGCUCCUCGGGAGCGACGCGGGCGGUGCUUGCGCCACCCCUCCCCCCCUGAUCUUGUGCGAGUCGGGGGGGGACAACCUGGCGGCGAACUUUUCGGGCGAGCUCGCCGACCUGACCCUCUACGUGAUCGACGUGGCCGGGGGCGACAAGGUUCCCCGGAAGGGCGGGCCGGGGAUCACCCAGUCCGACCUGCUGGUCAUCAACAAGAUCGACCUGGCCCCGGCGGUCGGCGCCGACCUGGGCGUCAUGCGCCGGGACGCCGACCGCAUGCGGAGCACGGGGGGGCACGCACACGAUCACGGCCACGACCACGACUACAACCACAGCGAUCCGGCCUCCGGACCGACUGUCUUUGCCUCGGUGCGGGAUGGCGUAUCCCUCGACGAAAUCGAGGCCUUCAUCCUAGAAAAGUACCGCAAGGCAACUGCCGAGGCCUGAUUCACGAGCAAGGGACGCCGAGAUGAAAAACCUCGGUGGAACCCUAUCGAUUCGCCUUGAAAGACAACAUUGUAGAAAGCGAAGAAUCGUCACCAACUAAUUGAUCAUGCGAUUCUAAAAACUAGCCUAUUACACUAAUG